ACCACCCACACCUCUACCCGAUCGGCCCUGAUUUUGGGAAGAGACAUCAUGACAAGAUCUCUUUUGAAUUCCAUCUACUUUGAGGGCCUAUGUGAUAAAGAUCAAGAUGUGUGGUGUCUGGACAAUAAACAGCUUUUCACCACACACUGGAUAGAGGAGGAAGGAGACCCGUAUACUGUGUCACCUCAGUUGGAGUUAGAAGACACCAUUAGGCUUUCUGAGCUAAAGAAAGAUUCUGAGCUCUUAAUUCAUUCAUCACCUUGUAUACCAGAACAUUCUAAAGUGCCUUGUCCAGGAGGAGAGAAAUCCAUCCACCACAGAGCUGCAGGCCACUGGAGAAAGCUGUAUUAUGCAAAUAGCCAUACUUUUCAGGCCAAACGCUUCAGCAGGCGAGCUCACUGUGCUGUCUGCACAGACCAUGUAGAGGGACUUGGCCAUGAGGUGUAUAAGUCCACCAACUGCAAACUCUCAGUUCACAAGAAGUGCCACAAACUUGUCACAAUUGAAUGUGGGCAGCAUUCUUUACCAUCAGAGCCCAUGGUUGGGAGGGUCGAUCCAUCAUCCAUGGCUUCAGACCCUGCACACACAGCGAUCCCACAUAACCUUUCAACUCAUGAGGCUUUAGAACAAGUUGAUGAAGAGAAUGAGGCAGAGAACACCAGGAAAGGUGGCAAAGCUUCAUCUGGUCUAGGUCUUGAGGACUUUGACUUGCUCUGUGUGAUUGGCAGAGGAAAUUAUGGGAAAAUACUGUUAGUCCAACUGAAAAAAUCAGGUGGCAUGUAUGCCAUGAAAGCAGUGAAAAAAGAGCAUUUCUACAUUCAUCAGGUACAGAAAGAGAGGCAUAUUCUACAGCAGACAUCCAAUUGUCCUUUACUAGUUGCACUGCAUGCUUGCUUCCAGACAGAAAGCAGACUGUUCCUUGUUCUAGAUGUCAGUGGGGGAGAUCUACUGUUUCAUGUGCAGCAACAAAGCACACUUCCAGGAGAACAUGCCAGUUUUUACUCUGCAGAAAUCAGUUUAGCAGUCAACUAUCUUCAGCAGCAAGGAAUACUUCACAGAAAUUUAAAAUUGGAAAAUCUUUUACUGGACUCAGAAGGUCACAUUAAACUCACCAAUUAUUGCUUGAGUAAGGAAGGCUUACAGCCAGGAGACAUGACCCGCACUUUCUGUGGUACUCCUCAUUUUGUGGUUCCAGAAAUUAUAAGAGAGGAAGAUUACAGUUUCAGUGUGGACUGGUGGGCUCUUGGAGUACUGAUGUAUAUGAUGAUGAUUGGAGAGUCUCCAUUUCAUCUUGAUGAGAGCUCUGAUAACCCUUAUGAAGACUCAAUCGAGAAUCUCUUCCAAGUAAUUUUGGAAAGAGACAUUUUCAUACCUUGUUGUCUGUCUGUACAAGCUGCAAGUAUCCUAGAGGAUUUUCUGAACAGGGACCCAAAAGAACAACUGGGUUGUCAUCCUCACAGGGGCUUUGCUGAUGUUCAGGAGCAUCCAUUCUUUCAAAAUGUGGACUGGGACAUGAUGGAGCAAAAGCAGGUGGUGCCUCCAUUUAAACCAAAUAUCUCUGAGUGAUUUGGUUUGGAUAACUUUGAUCCUGAAUUUACUAACAAACCUGUCCGGCUCACCCCAGAUGAUGAUGACAUCAUGAGGGAGCUUGAUGAGUAUGAAUUUGCGGGUUUUGAGUAUAUCAAUCAUCAUAUGAUGUAUGAAGAAGGGGUCUGA